GCGUUAAACAGUGAUACCUCUACAGCUCCCAUCCAGGUCAAUAUCAAACGGGGGGUAGGCCAAAUUGACAAUGCCAUAAAAUAUUUCGUCCAGAUUACAGGAUCCGCUCACAGGUGUUUCCCAAGGGCUAGCGGUUGGUCCCGAAAUAAUAGGGUUUAUUGUUCAUGCAAGAUCGCGAGAUGAUUUUAGUACCUGACGACGAGUUUCAUCUUUAAGUGUGUAUUUGAUUAGCCAUAUAGGUGGUUAUCAAGCUAUCCCAUGGUUGUUAAUAAACUGGCCUAUAUUUCCUUGAAGCACAUCUUUGAGGAAACCCCGCAACGACUGACAGAGUCUGUCGGGGUCCUCCUGAAAUGGGAUCUGCAACUAUGCCUUUUCAGGAUGUACGCAUACUCGCAUCAUACGCCCACGCGAUUCGGACGUAAAAGGGACCUUCGUGUGCCGAAAACUCGUAGCUAGGCAUCCUCUCUUUCCAUUCAUCCUUAUGAGAAUCAUUAAAAACUCAGCGAACCCAUAAAACCUCCCCGAAAAAGUCUUUACCGAGCCAUUACUCUUUCUCUUCAGCCAAGAUUUAUUCUCGGCGUGCAGCUUCCGCUGAUUGAUGUCAUCUAUCGCAGACUUGAAGGCUAGUCACUCUUCGCUUCAACCGUUCGAGGUUCAUCCGGCUACACCUAAUCUCGUCGGCGGUUGCAAAACAUCGGCUAGUGGCACAUUUUCCCAGCCCUUCUCAGCCCCAACCGCGCUAUCUCAC